UUUUUCUUCAGGGCUGAGAAAAUGUGCUGUAUGUGGGAUGCUGCUGUGGCUCUGCCCUCAGAACAAUACAGUGCAACGCUGUGCAACAACAAUAUGGAUAGUAUCAGCCGCAACUGCUCUGUUUUAUAGCAUUUAUUUGAUUUAUUUUUUUUACUUGACGCGGAAAGAUGUGGAUACCUACUGAACAUGAAAAAUAUGGCGUUGUGCUUGCUAAUUUUCGUGGAACGGUUCAGCAUGGACUACCCCUGGAGAUCGGUGACACAGUGCAGAUUUUGGAGAAAUGUGAAGGAUGGUAUAGAGGCUUCAUCACAAAGAAUCCAAAUCUAAAGGGAAUAUUCCCAAGCUCCUACAUUCACCUGAAGAAUGCCGAUGUCAAGAACAAAGGGCAGUUUGAGACGGUCAUCCCCACGGAGGACUCGGUCAUUACAGAGAUAACUAUGACCUUGAGAGACUGGGGCACUAUGUGGAAGCAGCUGUAUAUGAAAAAUGAAGGCGACCUCUUUCACAGACUGUGGCACGUGAUGAAUGAGAUAUUGGAGCUGCGGCAGCAGGUUCUAGUGGGUCACCUUACUCAUGACCGCAUGAGCGAUAUCAAACAGCACAUCACAGCACGGCUGGACUGGGGCAACGAGCAGCUGGGUUUGGACCUGGUCCCCAGGAGAGACUUCGGUAUGGUGGACCCCGAUGAGAUCAGCAUCACUGAGCUGUACCGGCUGAUGGAGAGACGUCAUCGGCGGCGCGACAUCCCCCCACAGGCCAGUAUGCACCACCUGUUUUUGCAAGUGAAGAGCAUGAUGAGCUCAAACCUGGGGGAGGAGCUGGAUGUCUUCUUCUCUGUCUAUGACAGCAGAGAAAUGCGACCAAUCAGUGAGAGGUUCUUUGUGCGCCUGAAUAAGCAAGGGUUACCCAAGUCCCCUGAGAAGACCGAGAGACAGUGCACACUUUUCGUUGAUUUGGGAAGUAGCGAUCUUCGCAAAGAUGUGUAUGUUGUAGCUCAUAUUUUUAGAAUAGGGCGAAUGGUCGCAGGCGAGAAGAAGAGCGUGAGUAACACGCAAUACAAGCGUCCGUAUGGUUGUGCCGUGAUUAGCGUGGCCGAACUGUUGACAGCUGACUUCAAGGAUGACCACUUGCUGAAGAUCUACUCAUGUAACACGGAAAGCGAGUGGUCCCAAAUCCAUGACAACAUCAUCAGGAAGGUCAGCUCUCGAUACAGCCAUAUUGGCUCCAAUACAGGUCUAAAUGUUUCUCUCCAGCUCUUACAUGGAGAUAUGGAGCAGAUUCGUAAGGAUUACAUGCGGCUCUUCUCGCGGAACGUCUCCAUCACCAAAAAACUGGGUUUCUCUGAUAUCAUCAUUCCAGGUGAAGUAAGAAAUGACAUCUACGUGACCUUGGAGAGAGGGGAAUUUGAGAAAGGUGGGAAAAGCGUGGCACGUAAUGUGGAGGUCACCGUCUAUCUGCUGGGAGGUGAUGGGCAGGUUCUUAAGGGUCUAGUUUGCUGUGGCUCCGGGGAGCCAGGGGAGGACGAGCACCGGUCUUUUGUCCUGUAUCACAGUAACAGCCCUCGCUGGGCCGAACAGGUCAAACUACCCAUUCCUCUGGAGAUGUUUCACGGCACACACUUGCGCUUUGAGCUCAGGCACUGCUCCACAAAGGAGAAAGGAGAGAAGAAGCUGUUUGGCUUAUCUUUUGUCCCUCUGAUGCAGGAGGACGGGAGACCACUGCCGGAUGGGACACAUGAGCUUAUUGUCCACAAGUGUGAGGAGACUGCCGAUCUUCAAGAUCCUGCUCGGUACAUCAGACUGCCUUUUUCCAAAGCCAGCGUCCAGCCAGGGAACAACCAGACUAUAAAAAGCAGCAAAGAGUCAUUCUGGAUCCAGUCUUCACUCUGCUCGACUAAACUCACUCAGAACGGUGACAUGUUGGAUUUGCUGAAAUGGAGAGUCCAUCCAGACAGAAUCAUCGACUGUCUCGCCAAAAUGAAGGAUAUUGACGGCACCGAGAUUGUUAAAUUUUUACAGGACACCCUAGACACAUUGUUUGGUAUUUUAGAUGAAAGUCCCCAGCGGUAUGGACUGAAAGUGUUUGACUGCCUGGUGCAUGUUAUAAAUUUGCUGCAGGACAGCAAAUUCCAGCUCUUUAAACCUGUUAUGGACAACUAUAUUGAGAAUCACUUCGCCGGCGCUCUCUCCUACAGGGAUCUGAUUCGCGUGUUAAAGUGGUAUGUGGAUCGUAUCAUUGACGCCGAGCACCAGGAACAGAUCCAGCAGGUUUUGAAGGCAUCUGAAUAUUUGUUUAAGUACAUCGUUCAGUCACGGUGUCUGUACGCGGCGGCCACUGGAAACCAGAACGAGGAAGAAUUUCGCUGCUCCGUUCACGAACUCUUUAAAUCUAUUCAUCUGUUCCUGUCUCACGAGAGCAAGGGCAUCAGCCCCAUCACACACACACAGGCUGUGUUCCUGAGAUCGUUCCCGACUGUGUGCUGCGAGCUGCUAAAGAUCUUCAGCAUAAGAGAGGUGGCCAAUCUGGCCCGCGACACGCUGAGCAGCCUGCCCACCCUCACGCACACAGACUGCCCCCUACAGGCCGUCAAACUGCAGUGCAUGGCCAAGACCGUCGAGAGUCCGCUUUACACCAACACAGAGUCGAGGUCCGUGCUGUUGCCGGUGGUGUUGCGACUGCUACACACACACCUGCAGGAACAGAAAGAGCUGGUGCUGUGUGCCAACAUCCUCGCCAGCAUGCUGACACUCAACAUACCCACCACGGAGUGUGGAGCAUCCGACGAGGUCAAUCUGAUCAUGGAGAGUCUUUCUGGAGUGUUACUCAGAACAAUACUGGAAGUGACCAAUCGCCCUCAGCCCGCCGCCUCCGCCCUGCGCCUGCAGUACCAGGAUGUCACCGGUGAAUUUGUGGCGUGUGUGCUCGCUCUGUUAAGACAGCUGAAAGAUAAAGAAUAUCAACAGCUACUCAGCAGAUUUCCUACUAAAGAUGAACUGACGAGUUUCCUUCUACAGUUAUUCACCGUCUUCAGAAUACUGAUCCGACCGGAUAUGUUCCCCAAAGACUGGACUGUGAUGAGACUCGUCGCUAAUAACGUGAUCAUCACCACUAUCCUGUAUCUUUCGGAUAUGCUCCGCAACAACUUCCUGAAUGAGAAAUUCGACUUCAAGGUAUGGGAGUCCUAUUUUUAUCUCUGUAUUAUAUUCAUCAACCAGCCUUGUCUGCAACUAGAAAUGUUUCCACCAUCCAAAAGGAAAAAAGUCUUGGAGAAGUACGGCGACAUGAGGGUGAUGAUCGGCUGUGAAAUUUUCAGCAUGUGGCAGCAUUUGGGUGACUAUAAGCUGAAUCUUAUUUCCACCCUGAUUGGUCCAUUCAUGGAGGUGACUCUGGUGCCACAGAUGGACUUGCGGAACGUUCUCAUUCCCAUAUUCCACGAUAUGAUGGACUGUGAACAGCAACGGAGUGGCAACUUCAAACAGGUGGAGGCCAAACUAAUAGACAAACUGGAUGGUCUCAUGUCCGAGGGCAAAGGAGAUGAAACGUACAGAGAGCUAUUUAACAACAUAAUUCCAUUGUUUGGUCCAUAUCCAAGUCUCCUGAAAAAGAUCGAGCGGGAGACCUGGAGAGAGAGCGGCGUUUCUCACAUCGCCACCGUCACGCGCCUUAUGGAGAGAUUACUGGAUUACAGGGACUGUAUGAAGAUCGGAGAGGUCGAUGGGAAAACCAUUGGAUGUACAGUCAACCUUCUGAACUUCUACAAAACCGAGUUGAACAAGGAAGAAAUGUACAUCCGGUAUAUUCACAAGCUCUAUGAGCUGCAUCUGAAGGGACAGAAUUACACUGAAGCGUCAUACACCCUGUUGUUGUACGAUGAGCUCUUGGAAUGGACUGAAAGGCCGCUCAGAGAGUUCCUCACGUACCCCAUGCAGAGCGAGUGGCAGAGGAAGGAAUGCCUCCAUCUCACCAUCAUACACAACUUUGACAGAGGGAAAUGCUGGGAAAACUGCAUCAUACUGUGUCGCGAACUGGCCAAUCAGUACGAAACUUAUUAUGACUACAGGAAUCUCAGCAAAAUGAGGACGAUGGAAGCCUCUUUUUACGACAAAAUAAUGAACCAGCAGCGUCUGGAGCCCGAGUUCUUCAGAGUGGGGUUUUACGGCAAAAAGUUCCCCUUCUUUUUAAGGAAUAAAGAGUUUGUUUGUCGAGGGAACGAUUACGAGCGUCUGGAGGCAUUUCAGCAGAGGAUGCUCGGCGAGUUUCCACACGCCAUCGCCAUGCAGCAUGCCAACAUGCCCGACCAGACCAUCCACCAGGCUGAUGCUCAGUAUCUCCAGAUCUAUGCUGUUAGUCCUGUCCCUGAAAACCAGGACGUCCUGCAGAGAGAUGGAGUGCCCAACAACAUCAAGAGCUUUUACAAAGUCAACCAUAUUUGGAGGUUCCGCUACGACAGACCUUUUCACAAGGGCACUAAAGACAAAGAGAAUGAGUUUAAGAGCCUAUGGGUUGAAAGGACGACAUUGACCCUCGCUCAGAGUCUUCCUGGCAUCUCUCGCUGGUUUGAGGUUGAGAAAAGGGAACUGGUGGAGAUGAGUCCCUUGGAGAACGCCAGCGAGGUGAUUGAAAAUAAGACGCUACAGUUGAGAACGCUGAUCGCUCAGUGUCAGAUGAGACAGAUGCUUAACAUAAACCCUCUGACCAUGUGCUUGAAUGGAGUCAUCGACGCCGCCGUCAACGGAGGACUGGCUCGAUACCAGGAGGCAUUCUUUGCAAAAGAUUACAUCUCAAAUCAUCCAGAGGAUGGAGACAAAAUUACUCGUCUUAGAGAACUGAUGUUCGAGCAGGCCCAUAUUCUUGAAUUUGGAUUGGCGGUUCAUGAGAAGUUUGUCCCACAAGACAUGAAGCCGUUGCAUAAAAAGCUUGUGGACCAAUUUCACGUCAUGCGCUCCAGUCUGGGAAUUCAACCGCAGGAGUUUCCCCCUUAUGUGCGAGUCAGUCCAUUGCAUUUUGCCAACGGCAGCCCGCGCACCUGUAGGACCCCUGUGCCCAAUGCCAUCAGCCCAGAGGGAGGCCGAAUCGUGACAAGACGCAGUCCUCUGAGCUAUCCAGCUGUCAACAGAUACUCCUCAUCCUCGCUGUCAUCACAGGCCUCCAAUGAAGUGAGCAACAUCACCGGCCAAUCAGAAAGCUCGGAUGAGGUCUUUAACAUGCAGCCCAGUCCGUCUACCUCAAGUCUCAGCUCCAAUCAUUCUGGUUCACACAAUGUGAACAGCUCAGCACCCUCGAGCAACAGAGCUUCACCACUGCCGUCUGACAAGCACAAGCACUCCAGAGAUAACACCUGUCUCUCUCCACGGGACAGACUCUGCAGUGGCAUGUUCCCAAGCCCGCUGGAUCCCACACAGAGAAUGAUUCCCUUCCAAAUACCGGUGGAUACGUCAUUACCACGCUGUGAACCCAAUCUUCCCACACCUGAGACAGGAUCCCUGUGCAAGAAUGUAAGGUCAUUGUCUCCAAUGCCAACAGCCAGGUCUCCACAGAAGUCAAUGGUCCCGCCCCUCACACCCUCCCCCACCGAUGGUCUGCCAAUGGGUAUCCUGGCAUCUCACUCCCCCGCCCGCUCUGGCAGCUACAGCAGUGGCAUCUCCUCCCUCAGCCGCUGCAGCGUCUCCGAGACCUGCGGGAUUGACCUCCCACCGCCCGACCCUCCUCUCCUCCCCGCCGUGCCCGCAGAUGCGCCCAUUCGGCGGGGUAGCAAAACCCCUCCGCCCUACAGCGUCUACGAGCGGAACAAUCCCCGCCGAGCGACCCCGCUUCCCCAUAGCUUGUCUGUGCCGCCCAGUACGGAUAACCCCAGUCUGACCGCCAAACCGCAGCUGAACCGCACGCAGCGGAUCAAUUCAGAACCCCGCCACCGACCCGUCCCCAGGAAGGUUUCUCAGCUGUAGCGUGUCAUCGGUAACAGGCCGUCUGAAGUCGGGACUACGUCAGGUUUUUUUGCAGUGGCUUACUGGAAAAUUACCGUAGCCCAGGUUGCAUAGUUGCCAAUGUUUUCGAAUGCAAAGAGGAUGGAUUUUUUUGGUAAUUUUGAUUCUAAAAUCAAGCAAAAUGAGCCUGUUCGUGAAUGCUUUUCAGAAUAUUUGUUUAUUGAUAUUAUGAGAUCAUCUUCAUUUUGUUGGUUCGGUGACUUUAGUGGAUGGCAAAGUAGGCUAAAGACUAAACUGGCCUUUAUGAAAAUAUCUUGAAGUCAGUACCGGAACAGCCAUGAGGAGAUUACGAACGCUUCGAGACGACGUGUAAUUUACGGCAAAAUCUGAAGAUCUGGCAGGUCCAUAUCCCAUUUACAAUGCUCUGAAAUCUAUUGCUAGCAAGGUAUUUUUGAUAGAAGUACAAAUUCCAUGACUGUACAGCCUUUCUUUUCACACUACGACAGUUGUUUUUUGCUUACACAAACGGAGGCGUGCAGCUAGACCUGCGACUCAUUUGAACCGCUUUGUACUUUCUGGAAUGGCUAAAAGGUGCUACAUAUUACUUGGUGGGUUUUUUUUCCGAAUGUACCCUCGUAUCUACCGAAACUGCCUGACCGUUAAAUGUGCCAUGUGAUGAAAUUGUGUGGUCUCCGAGUAUUGUGCCAAAGACGCAAACAGUAUUAACUUCUUUGUCAGUGAGAAUAGUUAGGAAAGCUUAACCGAAGUUAGCGUGACCUCUAGUGCUCGACAAUGUUUUUCUUGAAUCAUGCACAGAGGCGUAGAACUACACUGCAUGGGGCAUGAGCAGUACAAAGCAAUAUAACCAUUGUAGUUGGCAGAGAGUGAUAUUAACGAAAUAUCAUCUAUAGUUGUGAGAUAAGUGUUCCUCUGCAGCCUAUCCCACAUGAGAUCACUUCUGAACAAUAUCGGGUAGAUUGAUAAAACUGAUUUUCUUUCUGCUUUGAAUAUGAAAACUGACUUAUUGGUUAAGGUCGGAUAUGAACAUUCAAAGUUCUUAUUGGAUUUCAGAUUAUAGACAACAAAUGGAAAGUUGUAUAGAAUUAUUUUUAUUUUUAAUGUUUUGCUUAUUAUAUAUAUAUAUAUAUUAUUUUUCUUCCAAAACAAGAAUUGCGAUUUCUCAAAUCUCAUUUUCAGAAACAAAAUGAGUCCCUGCCCUUGUUUUUAAUCAUUUUUAUUCAUAUUUAAUAUGUACUGUAACUGUUACCAUGGAAACAUGCUAGAAUGAUUUUUAUUUGUAAUAUUUUGCUUAUUUUGUAUAUUUUGGUUUUACUUGCAUAAUAAGAUUUGUGGUUUAGUUUCUCAAAUCUCAUUUAAAUUAAAGCAAAAUGAGCCCUUGUCCUUUUAUCAGUUUCAUAUUUAAUAUGUACUGUAAUUGUUACCAUGGAAACAUACUAAAACAUGAAUAUCACUUGGGCUGAUUGUCUCAUUCGAAACAUUUAAUUUCAAAGCAAAUCACUUUUAAGACAAUACAAGGGCCACAUUUUAAGGAACAAUCUGGAUGGAGAAUGACAAACAGCUUUUUCACUGCCAUCUUAAAAGCCCACAUCUCUUUAAUAAAUACUUUGAUACACAAUACAUAUUUAUGAAUAGUUGUUGAAAUGAGCACCAGUAUUAAAAUGCCUUUGUAAAUUAAGGCCAGUUUACAUUCUUGAUUGUUGUAUAGACUUUUUAAAUGGUCUAUACGUGAUACAAAUUGUUGACCAUAAGCAAAAAUAAGGAUUGAUUUUAUUGCGUUUCAUUUUUGUAGAUAAAUACAAAGUUCUGCUAAGUGCUGUAUUUUUGGCAACCUACAUUUUUUGAAGCAAGAAACAUCAAAUUAAUGUUGGAAUGCAUACAGAUGGGCAAUGUGAUUUGUUUGUAACCUAUUUCAUGAAUGGCUUUGCAGCUCUGUUCCCAUAUUCCCAUUUCAUGAGAGUUGCUCAUUUUAGGCAAUCAUGUUUUGUAAUUUCAAUGGAUUGCCGAUCGCCAGGCCGUAGGACUUCAACUCUAGUCGCGCUUGUAUCUCUCCUUUUCUUUCCUAUCACUCUGGUUUUUAUGGAUUAUGCUCUUUCCGUUCAAUUUUUUGAACUUGUAAAGUUGUACUUUAUAUCACAUGAUGGGAUGGAAGUAUUCCAUAUAACCUGUGUUACAGAUUUUGUACAAAAGGUGUUUAUAUGAGAAUGUAACCAGUUCAUAGCUUUGAAUGUUGCAACUAAAGUUUUUAUUUGUAAAUGUUGAAUAUUAACCAUUAAACAAAUAAAGGUUCAUUGAU